AGAAUGCUUUCUACACAAAACAUCAGAUAGGUACGAGACACACAACAUACCAACACACAUUUGUGCUACGCUCCGUCUCUCAUUUAACAUACCGAAAGAAAAAAAUAUAUAUUGAAGUGAAAAUUCAAAUAUAUCGCAAUUAAUAUGGCCGUAGCAGCGAAUAGAUUUACCUAACCAAGUGUUUUAAUUGUGUCGUGCACAACAAAUCAGAUCCAUUCAUUUUUCCGAUGUCUUUUUUUUGUCAUUUCUUUACUAUAAGCAAUUUUGAAUUUAGAAUCAUUUCGACAAAGUGAUGGUGUAUGUGUGUGCAUUUGAUCAAGAAAAAAUAAAAUUUCAAGUGUUUUGUUUUAGUGCAUUGCAUUUGCAUUGACUUCAUCGAAUGAAAAAGAGAAAGAAAAACAUCAUUAUCAUCAAAUUAAGAAACCAAUCGCUUUGGAUUAUGAGUACGUGUUGGUCAUAGUAAAAGUAUUUUGCACGCACCAUAAAAGUGUCAUCAGCUAAUUUAAAUACACAUCCAUUCACGUUAAAUUAAAUCGAAGCGAAAAUCGUGAAAUCAAGCGACAAGUUGUAGUGUAGUGUCUCGUUUUCGUUGCUGCUAUUUGUUUUUCUUUUUCUGUGCUGUUGUUUCUUUGGCGUUCCACACAUUCGUUGUUUGAAUUCAUCAGCAGUAGCAGUGAAUUGAAUUCAUUUUUUAAUUUGUGUUGCCAAUUUAAUUGUUUGAAAUGGAAUUUUUAUGCUAUCGUUGUGCACACGAUACAAGACGGUGACGGAAAAAUUGAAAACGACGUUUCGUGUAUUGUUCUUAUGAAAUUGAUCUGAAUCUUCAUCAUUUCGUCGAAUCGGACGUCAAUUUGAUUGAGUGUAUUUAUGUGGAAAUCACUUUAAUUUCGUGGUGUUUGUGUGUGUGUUUUUUUUCUCUUCUUGUUCGCGUGAAACAUACUUCCAUUUCUCGGAAUUUAAUUGCACAAAGAGUUUCGUCAUUUGAUUGUAAAAGUAAUUAACGCAAACAUGGCAAGCAAUGUGUCAGAUGAUUUGUGGCGUGAGUGUGUCGCAUGGUUGACAAAGUGCAAGGCAAUUCCAGCUGAUCAUAAAGCCAACUGGCCGGACUCGGAGAUUCGUGUUCUAGCCUUGACUCUACGUGAUGGUGUUAUAUUGUGCAACUUACUAAAUUCAAUCGAUCCCAAUGCCCUUGACAUGAAGGACUUCAAUCGCAAACCACAAAUGGCACAAUUUCUGUGCUGCCAGAACAUUAAGCUGUUUCUCGACACAUGCAAAAAUUAUUAUGGCCUACGGGAAUCGGAUCUGUUCGAGCCAACAAUGCUAUACGACUUGACUAAUUUCCAUCGAGUUUUAAUCACAUUAUCCAAGUUAUCACGGCGUGUUGCCCAAAUUCAUCCACAUUUACCUGGCUUCAGUACACAAGUAUCCCCGUCCGAACGAAGCAAUUCCAAUGAAGAUAUCUACAAGAAUUUACAUUCAACCAAUAACAAUCACACGAAAUGUACAAACAAGUCUGAUGAGUGUGAGACAAAAUCCGAGCCAAAUGAUGAUCGAUUAGCUAACAAUGAAGAUGCUUGUGCAAAUAAUGUCGAUAACAAUGAUUGCGACAGUGGCGGCAGCAGCAUAAUUGUUGAUGAUGAGCAGCCGAGCAGCAGUUUAAACAGCAGCACCGAGGAGAAUCGAGACGAAUUGGAAAAUCAUGUGAAUGGCACUUCAAGCAGCACAACAUCGAAAACCAUUAUUGAACCGGCUGUUGGUAGCGAUUGGUAUCUGUAUUGCGAUGAAAAUUUCACCAAUGUCAGCUUAAUCGAAGAGAAAAUCUAUGAGGAUCUAUGCUAUGUGACCUUCUCAACAAAACCGGAGCUAACAGCAUCAACGUCAAACUAUGAACAACGGGAUUUUGUCAUACGUGAAUUAAUUGACACGGAAAGCAAUUACUUCGAUGUGUUACAAGCAUUAAAGUUCAAAUUUAUGCAACCAAUGGAAAAAUUGCUGAGUCGCGAUGAAUUGAAGACAAUCUAUCCAAAAAUCAAGGAAUUGGCUGAAAUUCAUGAGAAAUUCCUCGAACGACUGAAAGAUGCGAUUUCAGUGAAUUCAAAGAAUAAACUGAGCCAGGUGUUUCUAGAUUUUCGAGAACCGUUCCUAAUUUAUGGAGACUAUUGUUCUAGUAUGACAAAAGCCACUGAUACCCUUAUAGAAGUCUGUAAACGUAAUCCCCAAGUGGAACAAUGUAUGGAACAAAGCCAAAAGGAGCAUAGCGGUGGAAAAAAUCAAUUGCGUGAUAUUUUAUCAGUGCCGAUGCAACGUAUCUUGAAGUAUCAUCUUCUACUGGGAAAAUUGGUCGAAGAAACAUCACUAACACAUGAAGACUAUCGUGGGCUGGAGCGAGCAAAAGAAGCAAUGGUUGAUGUUGCUCAGUAUAUAAAUGAAGUGAAACGCGACUCCGAGCACUUGGAUAUUAUACAAAAAAUUCGAGAUCGAAUAUUUGACUUGAAUCUACCUAAUGGCAAUGAUUUACGACAGUAUGGCCGUUUCUUGCUGGACGGUGAACUGAGCAUUAAAUCACACGAAGACCAAAAAACCAAGCAUCGAUACGCAUUCAUCUUCGAGAAAAUCAUGAUACUGGUAAAAGCGUCGAAGCUUGGUGAAAAUGGCCUGUAUUCAUUUCUCGAUGCGUAUAAUUUAUGCGAUUACCGAGUGGAAUCAUCAUUUGGUCGACGAACUUUGGGCCGUGAUAAUCGGUUUACACUGUUAUUAGCACGCAAAACACAAUCCACCGCAUUCACUUUGUAUAUGAAAACCGAAGCCGAGCGUGAUAAGUGGUUGAAUGCUCUUCAGAAUGCCAUGGAUAAUCUUGAACCGAUUGGCUGUCGAAGUACCGACCACAAAUUUCAAUUGACAACAUUUGAAACGCCAUCCGGCGCUACCAUGUGCCGUCAUUGUUCCAAAUUCUUGAAAGGUCUCAUUCAUCAAGGCUACAAGUGCAAAGUGUGCGAGAUUGCUGUGCACAAAGGAUGUAUUUCAUCGACUGGCCGUUGUAAACAAGAAACGUUGGGUUUGGCACCACCGGUAUGUGAUCGUCAAUUGUCCGAAUUUUAUUGGUUUGUCGGACCGAUGUCGCGAGACACCGCCUCAGCAAGGCUGGAAAAUCGCAAAGUGGGAACGUAUUUAUUACGUGUUCGACCGCAGGGUGCAUCAAAUCCAAAUGAAACCAUGUAUGCGCUGAGUUUAAAAACCGAUGAGCACACGAUUAAGCACAUGAAAAUCAACCAAAAAAUGGAGAAAAACAACACACUCUAUUAUUUAUCCUCUCGACGUCUCUUCAAAACCAUCAUUGAACUCGUUUCAUUCUAUGAACGAAAUGAUUUAGGUGAAAACUUUGCCGGGUUGAAUCAGUCUUUAUCGUGGCCAUUCCGAGAAGUGGUCGCAACCGCGUUGUAUGAUUUUAGCCCAAGAGAACCGAAUCAACUGCCAUUGCGUCAGGGCUGUCAAGUGCUUGUUAUCGGCAAAGAAGGUGACAGCAAGGGAUGGUGGCGCGGUAAAACAAUGGAACGAGUCGGAUUUUUCCCGAAAGAAUACGUUCGCGAAUAUCCGCAACCGUCGGAGGAACUAUGAUGUUACAAUUACAUGGUAUUUUUCCCAAGAGAAAAAACGCCAGCCAACGAUACGAACAACAACAGCAACAAAGCCAAUCCCGAUGCAUCGUCAGUGACGACACGGAGUGGUUCAGUCUCAUCAAGCGCUUCGAAUCGAUCAAUCUCAUCAAUUGCAAGUGGCUCACACAGUACCGAUAAAUAGAAUUCAAAUGAGGUGUUCUUUGGUUUUUUUUUCACAAGCACAAAGGCUCUACUUAAAUUUUAGUUCUUUUAGCAUUGAAUUGGUUUUUUUGCCGUACUACCCAUAUGGCAUACGAAAAAAACACAUUCCGAACAUAUAUAGCCUUCGAGUUUAAACGUUUUAAGCGAGUCUUUCGAUUAAGCUUACGGUCAGUUAACCAAAGAUUUAUGUGUAAGCACUGUUUAGUUGGAAGAAAUUACCCAAGUACAAUCAUUUCAUUUGUUUAUCAAAAAAAGCAAAGAGUCUAUUGUUUCCAACAGCGUACGCACAAGUAUAUGUCCACCACAGCUAAGCCAUUUGUUUCCAUUUUCAUUUUAAAAUGAUUUUCGAAUUGAAAUUGGAAAUAAUUGAAUCGCUCAUCGCGAUUCAACCCACCUCGAUCAAAUUUAUUUGUAAUGCAACACAUAGUUUUUAUUCAUUGUUAUAUGUGUAGUUUAGACACAUCGCAUAUCUUCAAAUUGGAUUUCGUGCUUGCAGAGUAAUUAUUGUAUAAACAAUCCUUUUUCUGUAAAUUAUAUUUAAGCAUCGCGUUAGCAUUUUAAAUCAAAUUUGCAUUUAUUGAUUUUUGACAAAGAAAUAGAGAACAUUGUCAUUUUGACAGAAAUAAAAACAGAGAGGGAAAAAAUCAAUAAGAAAACAAUUGUAUCGCAAAUUUGAGCUAAGCUCAACCAUCUGCAAGAUUCUUCAGUGGAAGUAAUUAACAAAUAGCUUUAAACAAAACGACUGCAAGGAACCAGAACCUCGACAAAAAUUGCUGAUUACGAAACAAGUAACUGAAUACAUAGAAAUGGUAUCAACGACCCUUCCAUCCACAAUUUGGCAACUUUGAUACACAAGUACAUAAACCAACGAAACCCGUUCCGAAAAGAGAAACCCGUUCCUGCAUAUAUAAACUAUAUUUUUGAUGAUAUUGCUGUAGAUAGACACAAACAUGAGAAAUAUAUAUCUAUUGAGCCUUCAUAAAAUUUUAUGCAAAAUCUAUAAUUAUAUGCUUGACAUUUUAAAUGCAACAAAUCGAAUCUAUUUUGAAUGUUGAGACACAAAAACAGUAGCAAGCAAGAACUAAGGAUAUACAUAUAAAAAGUAUUUCGAUUUUCUUUUCAUAGAACAGCCGUGCUUUUUUCGAAUUUUCACACCGUUCAAUUAAAUUGAUUGAUCCCCUUGCAUUUUUGAAUCUAUUCAAUUUGCCGUAGACUUCUUUCGCAAUUUUAAACUUAGGUAAAAGUCAACUACUUUUAAUAUCGCAAUAUUAUUAUUGGAUAUUUCUUCCUUCUUCAAUAUAUUCACAAUUUUACCAUUUAAUUCAGGACUAUUUUAAUCUAUGUCCUAUAAAAACGAUGUUGAUAAUACAAAAAGAAACAUAUUAAUUAAUUAUAAAAUUACUUGUGCCAAUAAAUACUAAUUCGAAACGCGGUCGGUCAAGAAACGCAACAUUGAAGGGAGUCCAAUCGGAAUGAAAGGAAAAGUUUACGUUUAACUUCAACAUUUGGAUUUCUAUCAAAAUUUUAUAUUUAUACCUAAUAUCGUCGUUCAGUUUUGUUACAUCUCGAAUUUAACUCUGUGAAUUAAACUUUAAAGUUAUAUCAAAAUGGAUUUAUACCGGAAAUCUAUGUUUUGUUAGGAUAUAUCAAAAAUAAAAAAUAAAAUAUUUAUCGAUAAUGUGCAAUGUGCAAAAAUUUCAAGAUAAAAAUUUAAUUGACAUAAAAUACAUACUAUUCUUCUUAAGUCCGAUUACUAUUUAAACAGAAUACCAAGCCUAUUUAAACUGAACAAUGUAAUAUAAUAAUUGGAGGCAGCAACACACAUUAAUAAAUAAACCAUGAAAAAUGCCUGAAUGUAGAAAA